UAUGGAGGAGUAUCCGCAAGUCUGAAUAUUUCAGUCAGCGGCGCUAUCUCGGGACUGUCACAAGACGAAAAACGUAUGAUUGAGAUGUGUUGGCUCAAAUGUACUCGACGGCAAUUGAAACGAUGUUCCGAAGAUAUUUUUCUAGAUAUUUUACAUCAAGACGAAUCAUUAUCAUUACUUUUCAACUUGGAAGCCGUACCACCUACAAGGUUACGUGAGCACGAAUAUUUCAAGUCACAUGCAGCAAAUUUUGUCAUCGUUUUGAAUCUGGUCAUUACUAACCUACAAAACAGUUUCGAGCAAACCUGCGAAGCUUUACAGACCCUCGGCUACCAACACGUUGCAUUGAAAACGCGUGGAUUUCAAUCGAUAUUCUGGGAUGUAUUCACGGACUGUUUUGAGCGAAACCAUCCUGUAACGUUUCGAAAAGAAUCUGAACGAGAAGUGAGUUCUGAUUUGAUCACCAUCAUUCUGAUUACUAUUCCAACAACUACAGCGAAAAGUUUUCAUGAUUAUUUUUUAUCCAGUUAUUAA